AUGGCCGACUCAAAAAUCACGCUUUACACCACCAAGACCCCGAAUGGGCUGAAGGCGUCCAUCCUUUUGGAGGAGUUGGGCUUGAAGUAUACCCUUCAUGCAAUCGAUUUUGGCAAGGACGAGCAGAAGGAACCAUGGUUUCUCGAGAUCAAUCCCAAUGGCCGUAUCCCAGCCAUCACAGACACUUUCACGGAUGGCAGCACAAUUCGCAUCUUCGAGAGCGGAUCCAUCCUCCAGUAUCUAGUAGAGCGCUAUGAUACCGAUCACAAGAUCUCGUACCCCAGGGGCACCCGGGAGUAUUGGGAAGUGAACAACUGGCUUCACUGGCAGAUGGGUGGUCUGGGGCCGAUGCAGGGUCAAGCAAACCACUUCUUCCGAUAUGCCCCUGAGAAGAUCGAGUACGGCAUCAAUCGCUAUCAGAACGAGACCAAGCGACUCUAUCGUGUCCUGUCGAAACAACUUGAGACCUCGACAUCAGGAUACCUAGUCGGCGACCGCCUGACCAUUGCGGAUAUCGCCUGUUUUGGAUGGGUGUCUGCUAGUUCAUGGGCAGGUAUUUCAUUGGAUAACUUUCCCAAGUUGAAGGAGUGGGUGAAUCUUUGCCGAAAGCGUGAAGGCUUCCAGAAGGGCUCCAACGUGCCGCCUGCAAAGGAGGGUCCAUCUCUGAGUAAUGAAGAAAUCGCGAAGCAGGCCAGAGAAUGGAUCAUGAAGGGCAUGCAGGAGGAUGCCGCGAAGAAAGAUGGGCCAUAG